UGCUUUUGGUAAGUCUUACAAAUCCAGGGGUUCGACUGUGGUAGAUUUGCACAAGCAGUUCAUGACGGUAUGUCUGCUAUGAGCAAUUUGCCGCUUCGGAUUUCUUCUCUUAUUUUGGAUGGAUCGUUGAUAGACUUACUAGACACAUUGCAACGAUUAAUAGGGUUUUCAGCAAUUUGGAUUCUUUCUUUGAUAUUGCAAUUGAAGAUCAUCUCGACCCCAAUAGACCCAAACCAGAAUGCGAAGACAUGAUGUCUUGCUUCGAUUGGAGAGAGAUCAAUUCAGUCGCAUUCGCAUCACCAAAGAACAUAUUAAGGGAGUUCUCAAGGAUGUAUUCUUGGGAGCAGUAGAUACAAGUGCUAUCACCAUGACAUGGACCAUGACAGAGCUUGCUAGGCACCUUAAAGUGUUGAACAAGGUUAAAGAUGAGAUCAGGUGUUGCAUUGGAAAUAAAGGGAAAGUGGAAGAGAGUGACAUAGAAAAUCUUCCUUACUUCAGGGCAUAGUGAUGGAGUCAUGGAGAUUGCAUCCACCAGUCCCAAUUUUAAUUGCUAGA